ACCCCGAAGCCCGCGGCAGGAGCGACGCCGAGCCUGGAUGUUGGCGAGCUGCGCUCCCUCGCCUGCGACGCUCUCCUUCAGGAGAGCUUCUACCAGAAUAAGAAGCGGCCGUUGCUGUACCGCGAUCAGGAUCAUACGCCCGGCCCGUUCCUAACGCAGCUCGUGUCCACUCUCGCUGCCUUCCUGUCCUGUCGCAAUCCGCUGCUGGCUGCCUCGUCCCUUGAUCUCAACCCUGAAGUUAACUAUUACUGGCAUCAUGGUGAGGAAGUUGUUGAUCGUGGAUACAGAAAGGGUAGAGUUGACCCUGUGAGAUUUCAGAUAGAUGAUAACCCACAUCUCCAGAUACGUGUACCAAAGCAGCUUCCAGAGGUUGUACCGCUAGAGGCAAAUCUUGGAGAUGUUCCUGUUAUUGAUCACAAACCAUCCAAACUGCCAUUGUUCAAAAGGCAAUAUGAAAACAAGGUGUUCAUAGGAUCAAAGGUAGCAGAUCCGUGCUGUUAUGGACAUACCCAGUUUCAUCUUAUUCCUGAUAAACUAAAACGGGAGAGAUUUAUAAAAGCACAUCUUGAGGAUCAGAUUGAAGUUGUUUAUCGGGCUAAUGGUAUUGCAAGUCUCUUUGCCUGGACAGCAGCACAGGCAAUGUAUCAAGGAUUCUGGAGUGAAGCAGAUGUGACGCGUCCUUUUGUAUCUCAGGCUGUAGUGACUGAUGGAAAAUACUUUGCUUUCUUUUGUUACCAGCUAAAUACUUUAGCACUAACUGUAGAAACUAUUGAAAAUAACCCUCGGAAAAAUAUCUGUUGGGGUACAGAAAGUAAGCCAUUGUAUGAUGUUGUGGAAGAUGGUAGUGUGAAAGGCUUUAAUGAUGAAGUUCUGCUUCAGUUGGUCCGUUUUCUGUUGAACAGACCAAAAGAGUUGUAAAUCAUUCAACAGGUAUUCCUGUUUGUGUCUGAACUUCAGUGUAACUCCAUGAAUUAUGGACUAGAAUAUGUUUUAGU